AUGAGUGAUCAUGAGAUGGAGGUAGAUGAUCUUCCCAAGGACAAGGGAAAACAAAAAGAGGCCCCCGAGGAAAAUUUCAAAGAUGACACAUUGCCUUGGGUGGAGAAAUACCGACCCGUAACGCUCUCCGAUGUUGUUUCCCAUCAGGAUAUUACCAGUACUAUCGAGAGAUUCAUCGAGAAGAACAGACUUCCUCAUUUGUUAUUUUAUGGGCCACCUGGAACAGGUAAAACGUCCACAAUCGUAGCAGUCGCAAGACGGAUAUAUGGGAAUGAUUAUAAAAAGCAAAUACUCGAGUUGAACGCGUCGGACGACCGAGGUAUCGAAGUGGUCCGAGAACAAAUCAAGCAGUUUGCAGAGACGAGAACCUUGUUCAACAAAGGGUUCAAGCUGAUUAUUCUGGACGAAGCGGAUAUGAUGACUCAGGCUGCCCAGGCCGCUUUACGUCGAGUAAUCGAACAAUAUACCCGCAACGUCCGGUUCUGCAUCAUCUGCAACUACGUCAACAAGAUUACCCCUGCCAUUCAGUCCCGAUGCACCCGCUUUAGGUUUAGCCCCUUGCCGAUUCCAGAGGUAGAGAAGAGGGUGAAUAUGGUUAUCGAGAGCGAAAAAGUGAACAUCACACCCGAAGGGAAACAGGCUUUGUUGAAGCUUUCAAAGGGUGAUAUGAGGCGAGCGUUGAACGUCUUGCAGGCUUCCCAUGCAGCGUAUGACCGUAUUGAUGAAUCGGAGAUCUAUACAUGUACCGGUAACCCCCACCCAUCCGAUAUUGAGCACUUGGUCAACUCGAUGAUGAGUGAUGAUUUCGGGACCAGUUACCAACUGGUUAUGAAAAUGAAGACCGAACGGGGUCUAGCACUCCAAGAUCUCCUCUCGGGGGCAUAUGAAUACUUUGAGACGCUGGAGUUUCCGCCCGCCGCGAGGGUGCACCUGUUGGAUAAACUGGCUACUAUCGAGCAUUGGUUAUCAACCGGUGGGACCGAAAAAAUUCAAUUGUCUGCGCUGAUGGGGGCUGUAAAGACUGCGGUGGAGAUCACGACUUACUUCUCUCCACCGUCGCGUCUCCAGCUCGAACCUCACGCGAUGAAUAUCGAUAAUAUUCGGGCGGCUGUCACGGGGUCCGGAGGGUUCUAUAACCUCAAGGCACUGAUCAAGGGUAUUCGGGCAUGCAAGACACUGGCAGAUGAGCGAGCCCUCAUUCAAAAAGAAUCAGCGGCUAUCCGUACGUCAUUCAAAGAAGAGGAUUCGUUUGCGCGACACAACAAUAUCGCCAAGCUGCUAUAUAUACACAUGCUCGGUUAUCCUGCUCAUUUUGGACAAAUCGAGUGCUUAAAGCUCGUUGCGAGUCCUAGAUUCUCGGACAAGCGAUUGGGUUAUUUGGGAAUCAUGUUAUUGUUGGACGAGAAUCAGGAGGUAUUGAUGUUAGUUACGAAUUCGCUCAAAAACGAUAUGAAUCAUUCGAAUAUGUAUGCUGUUGGACUAGCGCUUUGCACGUUUGCGAAUAUCGCGGGAGAGGAGAUGUCCAGGGAUUUAUGCAACGAGGUCGAAAAGCUGCUUGGAUCGAGCAAUACAUAUAUCCGUAAAAAGGCCGCGUUGUGUGCUCUCCGAAUAGUCCGACGCGUUCCCGAACUCCUGGACCACUUUAUCGACGGCGCGAAAGGAUUGUUGACAGAUCGAAAUCACGGAGUGCUCUUAUCUGGAGUGACGCUCGUAUCAGAGAUGUGCUAUUCCCCCGAACACGAUGUCUCGGGAAUCACCGAUCCGUUCCUCCAAAUCAAAAUACUCCGUUUGCUUCGACAAAUAGGCAAAAACGAUCCUCGUGCGAGUGAGGCAAUGAACGACAUAUUGGCGCAGGUUGCCACCAACACCGAUUCGACCAAAAACGUUGGAAACUCGAUUCUGUACGAGACAGUCUUGACGGUUUUGGAGAUCGAGGCCGAUAGUGGGUUGAGGGUUAUGGCGAUCAAUAUUUUGGGCAAGUUCUUGAGUAACAGGGAUAAUAAUAUUCGAUAUGUCGCCUUGAACACGCUUAACAAAGUGGUCACGAUGGACACAAAUGCGGUACAACGGCACCGUAAUAUCAUCCUAGAUUGUCUUCGUGAUGGAGAUAUCUCUAUCCGUCGGCGUGCGCUUGAACUGUCAUACGCGCUGAUCAACGAGUCGAACGUUCGGGUUUUGACGAGGGAGCUGUUGGCAUUUUUGGAAGUUGCGGACAACGAGUUCAAGUUGGGGAUGACCACACAGAUCUCGCUUGCGGCAGAGCGAUUUGCACCGAACAAGAGGUGGCAUAUUGAUACGGUCUUGCGAGUUCUCAAAUUGGCAGGAAAUUAUGUCCGUGAAGAGGUGUUAUCCUCGUUCAUUAGGCUCGUGUGCCAUACACCCGAACUUCAGGCAUACACGACCUCGAAAUUGUAUACCGCGCUCAAAGAGGAUAUCUCCCAAGAAUCACUCACAUUGGCCACUGUCUGGUUGUUGGGAGAAUUUGGAGAGGCUUUGAUUCAAGGCGGAUUGGUAGACGAGGAAACCCCUAAACCGAUACAAGACUCGGACAUCGUCGAAAUUCAAGAAUCAAUUCUCCAAUCGCCCUAUGCAAAUGCACUCAUCCGCCAAUUCGUUCUCACCUCGCUUGCCAAACUUUCUUCCCGCCCUGCAGUGUCUGAGCCCCAAAGGCAGAGAAUCUUCAAUAUCUUGAAUGGAUUCGCGACCAGUACCGAGUUGGAGAUUCAGCAACGCGCGGUAGAAUUCGCCAGCUUAUUCUCACAUGCCGAUAUUCGUGGUGGUGUUUUGGAAGUUAUGCCUCCUCCCGAGAUUAAAGCUACAGUUAUUGGAACUGUCAGCGAACGACGUAGUGUUGGUAGCACCCGAACAGAUAAAGAUUCCCUAUUGGAUCUUAUGGGCGACGAAACCACUCCAGCCGCCGCCGCACCGCCAGCACAAUCCAACACAGAUUUACUGGCUGACUUGUUUGGAGGGGGUGGUGCAGCUCCCGCACCUGCCGCCCCGGCACCCCAAAAGAACUCGAUUCAAGAUAUUCUCGGACUCUUUGAUUCGACGCCCGCGGCCACCGCAACUCCACCGCCCGCGCCUAUGCCCACAACUAACGGAGGUGGCCUGGGUGGACUGUUCGAUUCGACUCCCUCUCCAGCCCCCGCUGCACCAGCCCCCAAGCCAGUGACCCCCACCUCGGCUCCUGCACAGGCGCCCGUGCAGAAUAGGCCCACAUUUUUAGCCUAUGAUAAGAAUGGUCUCAAGGUCACUUUGGCGCCUCAGGUUCUGCCCAGUAAGCCUGGAAUGGUGCAAAUUCAGGCGAGAUUCGAAGCAACGAGUGGACCUGUGCAGGGUGUCACAUUUCAGGUUGCUGUACCCAGAACCCAACAACUACAAAUGCUCCCAAUGUCCAGUGCCGAUGUAAACCCCGGGAACGUAGAGACACAAGUACUGAAAAUUUUAGCUCCUCCAGGAAGUCAAGUAAAACUCCGAAUUCGAAUCGCGUUCACAGGAUCUGCUGGGGCUAUUCAGGAUCAGGUCGAUUUUGCAGGGUUCCCAGCAAGCAUGACAAAUGGCGUCUUGUAG